AUGAAAUCUUUGAACUCCUCAAAAUCUCAUCGGCUCUUUGAUUUCGUUCCAUCGGUAAAGCCAUCGGUUGUCUCUGUGAUGUUAGUUUUCAUUUGCGGGUGUCUCUGGUUGAAGAAUGAAACAACAAACGAACGACUCAUCGCACUAGAAUCUCGCCUUCACUGUUUUUCCUGCGUCAAGAGUGUCUCGACUGAAAAUCUUGACAAGAUGACUCUUUCCCCGACAAAAGACAGCACAAAAUAUCAUUACAAGAAUAUACGGACACCUAUUUCAGAAGGGAUCGGCCAUACGAACUCAGGUGAGGUGGUUUACCUUGUCCUACGGCUAACAUUCAGACAUAAAUUUAAAAUUUUGUCUUUUCUUCCUUCCGGAGAAACUUCUCGGAGAGGUUUCCUCCGGUUUAUUUUUUAUUUUUUUGGUACUGCACGUUAUAUAAAAACGCCUAUGGAAAAUACUCUGUGUAAAUAACUCUGCAUUGCUUUUUGACCAGUUUGUAAUUACAGUCAACUCUCUGGCUGAGAUGGACACCUUUGGGACAAUGCAGGGGCACUCAACUACAGUUUUCUGUGAAAUAUCUGUUCGGAGAAGCAAAAAUUGCCUAGAAUUUUCUAUGCCUUGAGGAAGGCUAAGAAUUUUUAGAUGAACGUUCCUUUCAUGUACAAUUUUCGAGGGCUUAUCCCUUAAAUUCCCUAAUAACGAUUUUCUGAAGUUUAAUUUUUCGCAUUUCACUCUCCAGAAUACGCUUUUUUUCUUCACAGAAAAAGGAAGCAUAAAAUUUUCGGAUUCGAAAAUGCGAUGGAAAGAGGAAUAGGAAAAAUUCUUUCUUUUCGUAAAACUUUAAAUUGCAUCUAAAAUGAAUUCCUAACAAUUUCGAAAAGACUCAAGUUGCCCUAAGAUGACCGAACAGAUAUAAAUUUUAUAGCGCCGAUUAGAAUGUAUUUCUAAAGAUCUAAAAGUACUAAGAUACUUUAGAUAGCCUAAAAAGUAUUUUGAAUCCAUUUAGGGGAAAACCGUCGUUGGGUGCCCCAGUGGGACCACCACUAGGUGUCCGGCUUCGAGAGAUGUCCGCCUUAUAUAGAGUCAAAUAAAGGGAAUAAGAAAAGGCAGGGGCCCCACUCUAAGUGGCCGGUAUACAGAGGUGUUCGUCAGUAUAGAGGUGUCCGUCAGCAUCGGAGGUGUCCGUCAAGAGAGAGCCGACUGUAUGAUCAGAAGACCUCGUAUGCAAGUAAAAAGCAAUACGGGAGUCACGCUGUAAACGAUAAUUAUUACACAACUUGUUAGUAGUAAGAAAAUUCCUUUUCAUCUCCCUUUCAAACGCCUGGCACGUAUUGCACAGUUUACAUUGAUGAAUGAGAGGUGCUCACCAUUUACACAGAUUACCCAGGUGAAAAUUUUGUGCAUAUUCAUAAUUAAGGGACGGGACUUUAGAAAACUGAUUGGGGGAGGGCAAAGUACCCCCCAAAAAAAUUCAUACAAGGGAAAUUUCAUGCAGCUCGAAAAUUCCUUGCCCCCACCCCCACAACUUUUCUAAUGGUCAGUUCUUAAAACUAUAGAUUUUGACGAGGUGGGAGAUUCCGUCCCGCUGAAAUGUAUAUCCAAAUCAUCUGUAAUCUGUACAGACUAAAAAGAGUACAAAUAUUGCAUCACUUUAUUAAAUCAAAGCCCAUAUUUUCAGAAGAUUCCCAAUGGAAUGGCGCGAACCAUUUGAUUGUCCAAUGGGAGUAUCCGUUUUUUUAAUGGUUUUCAUGGUUUACUUUGAGGAUUUUUCGUUUGUUAGAAAUAGUGUUUGUGGAUGAUUGGGAUCAAAGGUCACUAAUGCGCGCUGGAUUCAUAACUGAAUUAACUAAAGAUUGACUACAACGGAUAAUUAAGUUUCGGAAACUUUGUCUGCUCCAUGAGGAGGAAAUAACUCGAAUGAUCUGUCGUCUAAGAGAAAUGAAAAAGUAGAGGAGAGGCAGCGAUAACGUUUUUAAUCCAGAAGGACAUUUUAAGUGAAAGAAAUAAUAUUAGUAAUGAAGUAAGGGAAUCGAUAGCCUCGUUUAGACGUUCCUUGUUUCCUGAGCUUUGACAGGGAGGGAGAGGGCGUCUGCAAGGAAAUCAGUCCUCAUGCCAGUACGACGUCAUGUCUCGCUUCGGUGACUUUUCAAAAUGGUGAGCAAAGUCGUUGUUGAUGAGGAGGAUAAAAUAAUAUAAUUCCUUACGCUUAUCUUGUUUCAUUUUCUUAGAUUUUGCUAGAUUAAGAUUCCUAUUGAAAUAGAAAACCAGUAUAUUGUACUUAUUUUGGAUGAAACCUUCAGAGAUGUAAUGAUUUUUUAAGAGUUCUUUCGAUCGUCGAGCAUGAAUGUCGAGCAGUCAUAUCUACCGGUCACACUUUCGAGGGCCAGUGCACAGCGUUGUUAUGGUGUCUCGACUCAGCAAUAGGAGGUUCAUCCAAGGACAUACCAGGCUUUGAGCACGUGUAAUCUCAGGUCUUCAUUGUUGAUGGUUCAUCAUAUCAAUCCCUUCAAAGUUCGUUUAGCGGCAGGGCGGAAAAGAGGUGAGUGUUAAUUUCUCUUUAUUUCAAGGCAAUUCCCUGUGGUAGUUUCGAAAACGAAGACCGAAGCACGUAGCACCCAAAUCUCGAAAACGAAGGCCCUAAAUCUCGGAAACAAAGCACCCAAAACUCUAAAACGAAGCACCCACAAACUCGAAAACGAAGGCCCCUAGAUCGAAAACGAAGCACCCACAAACUUGAAAACGCGGUAAAGCGUCGCGUAAGAGUAAUACGCGCGAUACUCACACUCGGUCUUCAGUCUCGUUUCAGACUUUUUGUGUUACUGCUCACGCGUACUUGAAUACGCCAAAAUCUGCUGACGGACAGUUUUGAAGUCUACAUAAGCAUGUAUGUGUACCGAAAAAAUGCAUAUUAAGAUAAGAUGUAUCAAAUAUAGCGAGACUAAUAAUAAUAUUAAUACAGGAUAUCCUUUCUAGAAACGUUCAGUUAAACAGUUGGCAGGCUUUUAUAAAACCUUGGGAUAGAUUUUGUGGACCUUUGGAGGUGCGGACGCAUCCGCUGCCUCCACCUGAUUCGGAUUACGUGAUGCAAGACGUAAAGUUGUAGUUAUUAAACCUACAGGGGUUUCGAGUUUUGGGUGCUUCGUUUUCGAUUAAGGGUGCUUCUUUUUCGAGAUUUGGGUGCUUCGUGCUUCGGUCUUCGUUUUCGAGUGCUUCGUUUUCGAAACUACCAUUUCCCUGUGUAGGGGAUACUCCUGUAAUUUUCUAACUCAUUCCCGAAGGAAAACAGUUUUGUUAAAUUAUCAUUUUUGUGUAAAGCACGUCUGGCUUUAUGCAGCUUUGUGCAUAUUAUUGUUACCAAAAUUAACUAAGUGGGCUAUUGAAAAUGCCUUUUCACGAGCAGCUAGUAUUGUCUUGUGUCUUGGAGUCAAUUAAAUUCAUAAUCAUAACUAUAACAAAAUUGUCAAAUCUGAUUGGCUAUCAACUGCCCUGAUUUCAGCCUUAAUUGGACAGUUUAAUAGGACAGUACGCGUCAUGCCUAAGUAAUUGGACAGUACGCGGCAUCACGCGCGCUUAAAUGGCUUCUUUUUUUUCACUGCUAGCAAAAUAAAAUUUCGAAUUUCUUUUGUUUUGAUUUAAAAAAUAGCCUAUUAUAUCACAAAUUUUGUUAAAGUUAUGAUUAAUUGGUAACAGAACUUCGUGUCGUCCAAUUCGGUCUGUAAUCAUACUCGUGAUUAAACAAAUCGGACUCCCGCUUCGCGGUCGUCCGAUUUUGUUAAUCACUCGUAUGAUUACAGACCGAAUUGGACUCCGCUCAGUCCUGUUACCAUUACUUAUUAACGGAGGCAUUUAAAGACACCCUGUUCAAGACGCAUAGUAGUGAAAUUGUUAACAGUGUUUUAAACUCAUGACUUAGGACAAUGCUAGGACAUCAAAACCCAUUCAGGACAAUUCAGUGGCAAAUUACCAUUAAAGCAGAAAUUGAGGGUUUUGCUUCAGAUUGUCAAAUUAUAAGCUUACCCCAGGAUUUUUGUUUGGGAGUUAUGGAUUUAUGACUGAACUUGCUUGGCGUUGAGGACUGUUAGUCCUAAAUGCUCUGGAAGUAUGACUUCCUUGGACUGUAAUAUUAUUGUAAGAUCUGAAUUGACAUUUUUAAAUGAUCCAUUGGGUGGCAACCAUUGAGGAAUCACACGGCAGGGUACAAAAGGGAUUUUUUCUCUCAGUGCUAUCCAGAGGUGUUGGUUCCCCUCAGUCAAAUAAGCACAGCCAGUGUGCAGGUCACAGGAAAUAAUCAGAGGCUCUUGAAAUCCCUUCUUCAAAAUGAAACGCCUGACUUGCUCCAAGUGAUUAAAAUCAUUUCCCAGCUUUGGUGUCAGUGAUCUGUCAAAUUCUCUGUACUCCCAUAAUUCUGUUGUUUUUACCAUUUGAUUAAUCAUAUGUUUGGUCAAACAAAUCAGACGUGUAGGAUUUGGCACACAUCCUUUGUUUUUCAUUUUCAGUGGGCUCAUCAAGUUUUUGGAAAAAUAAAUCUUCUGAACUGUCUAACAGGGCAAUGUGUCCUUUUGUAACGCAGCAACCGUUUCCUUAAAUGAUUUAAUUUCUGGUGGUUGCUCAAAGGAUAGAUCUUUAGUAGCUUCGUCUCUAACACUAAUUUUCAGUUCUCUUGGUGGGUCGUGUGUUGGCUUACUCCUUUUUUUUAUUUAUUUUAUUUUUUUAAUGUUUUUUUUUGUAAUUUUUGUAAAAAUUUUUAAUUUUUUUCUUUUUUUUUUUUUAAUUUUUUAAAUGAAGACUAGUGAGCAGCACAAAGCAGCUCGAGGAUCUUGUUUACUUGAUUUUAUUUCUCCGACCGGUUUCAUCUGAUCACACAGACUUCAUCAGGGAGUAUAACAAGAUAGAGCUAAGGAACUAACUUGAGCCUUCUUGUACUCAUUCUGUAUUUUUAUAGAUCUCAGAAAGAAGGGCUGACAUGAUAUACAUAUGUAGCUUGCUUUAGAUUUGUCAAUUGAAUCUUUAGCAUGAUAAAAGAAAAUUGUGAAAAUCAGUUUUAUUUCCAGUUUGCUCAUCUAGAAAGUUGCAUUGUACUACAAACAAGUUGCUGAAUACAUUUAUGUUGUGGUUAUUGCAGGGGAUGUCACUGGAAAGACAGACUUCAUUUCUGCACUGUAAAGACUGCACAAUGCAUGGGCUGACCUUGAGAAUGCCACGCUCGGCAUCACUUCGAGAUUUUGAUGAACUUUUACCUUUUGACCCCUGGAUGCCAAACUGGCAUUGUGUUUAUCACACACCCUUUGAUUUUUAACACUUUCCAUGUCCCCAAUAAGGUCUGGAGGGCUACACUUAAUUUCAUAUCUUCCAAUAAGGCUGUCAAAUUUGCGUGCACCUGCAUCAUUUUCACACCCCUAAGGUGAGAUUUAGCACCUCCAGUUAAACGCCCAUUCAUAAUUACAGCCCCUGAUAUCUCUUUUAAUGACACAAAGUCAUGCAAAGGUUUACCUCUGUUUGAUAGCCAGUAUAAAUCACUGGUUAUAUUAGAUCUGAAAUUCAUCUGUGAUCUCAAGUCAAAGACAGUUGCAUAUGGUGCAAAGGAAAAAGAGUGUGAUCUAUAACUAGAAUUGAGGUAAAGAACCUUUUUGACUUGAACACCAUGCUGAAUAAAAAGCCAGGGUGGUGAAAUUUUACCAUUUUUAGACAAGAAUAGCUUAAUAACAUACCAAGGAAAAGGUACAAAGCAGGGCACAAUAGGGGAAGGUCUGUAAGAUGAAUGGAACUAGCAUCAAAGCUCUCACCAAAUGUUAUUGCAGUUACCAAAUACAGAACUGCCAGAAAUCGAUAGGGUAGAGUACAUAUGGCCAGAAGGAGAACAGUGGCUGCUAAGUAAAAGGGAACUGAAUUUCCCACUGCCAGAGAUUGAGUUGUUGUAAUGUUAAACAAGAUGCUAUAAUACAGUAAAAGGCAUGUAACCAUAACAGUAGAAAGAAAAUCCUUUGAUGCUAGACUCCAAAAAUAUUGCACAAGGGAGUAUUUGUAUGUUGACUUGAACUGUAAACAGGUCUUGUGAAGAGGUUCAAGCAGAUGUAAAAACAAUUUUAUAAUAAAAACGGAAGGAAAGGAAAUAAUCUGCAGCAAAAAAAUUUAGUGUUUGGCUGUACUUAACUUUGCAAUUUGCCUUGAACAACUGUUGCAAAUGACUUUCCAGUUCAUUAGGACGAUGGUUGUAACUACAACACAAACCAGAGUUAAAUUUGGAUAGAGUAUAUUGGAUAGGAGGAUGAGAUGGAAAUGCCUUGUUUUAAACUGUUGAAAACACGAGCAUAAUAACAGUAACAUUGCCCACUGAAGCACACCCAAAUUUGAAUCAAUUUUAGUGACAAAAACUUGCCCCACUCCAUUAGCAUGCCAUUUUUUAAUUGGAGUUUGGCAGAAACUUGAAGGGAUAUAAAGUCUGUAAGGAAGCCUUGCAAAGUUAAGAAAUGCUUCUGAAAUAGAUACAGGAUAUUACAUGGCCGCGCGGAGAUACGAAAUUUCUCUUCGAGUGUUGAAAAAUAUUUCACGAGUGAGCGCAGCGAACGAGUGAAAUAUUUUUUCAACACGAAAAGAGAAAGAGUACCAUUUUUUAAGCAUGAUUUGUUUGUCUACAUUUUCUUUAAAAUACUUAUUGUAUUUACAGUACAAUAGGCCAGUUGCGCUAAGAAGUCACGUGACCAAUGCUUCCUUAAAACGAUGAGUUGGAAUCUUGCUGAUGCCAAAAAUUGACAGAGCACAUAAACAUUAUCUUACACCAGAAAUUUGAGAGGAAAAGCACUUAAGGGAGAUAUUUUAUGGCACUUUGAUUUUUCAACAAAGCAGUACGAUUUGUAUUGGCCGCCUUGUUGGAGGGCAUACUCUUGCCCUCCAACAUGGCGGCCAAAACUACUUUUUGCUUAUAUCUUGUUAAACGUUUGAUAGUUGCGCUCAGAUGUGAUGUAAACGUUACCACAUCAUAUUUUCAACAUUUCCCUCGAACUUUAAGUGCAAAAUUUGGGUUCUGAAAGAUGUAAUUCCUAAUUUUAAAAACCACAUUUUCUUCACGUGACCGGCUACGAACUUAUUCAUUUUAAGAAAAUGGUGCGGGUUUGAAAAACCAAAUCACUAUUAUUUUGUUUAAGAUAUGACCCACUAAUCGUUUUUCGAAGGUAAAAUCAUAUAACUUUCAUUUUCAUAAAAUCGAUGUCACAUGACCUCUUAGUGCAAAUGGCCUAUACUAAUUAUACCAUUAAUAUAUGUCACUUUUCUUUUGAUUAUUAUCGUUAUUACACUUUAUUUUUAUUAUAACUAAGUAUUUUCCAUUUACUAAAAACGUUUUUCUUGUAUUUUUGUUUUUAUUUAACUGAAAUAGUUAUCAAAUAUUUGGUGAAUUAAUUUAAGUUGUGAUUUAAGGUCAAUUAUGUGUCACACUUGUGUGUUCAACACCAGACUUUAUUUACAUACACCAAAUAUGAAAACCAAAUACAGCUUAUUGCCAAAGGCACGCUGUUUUUGAAAAGAACAAUGAAAUAAUUUUAAGGCCACGCAAGCGCAGCAACACACGAUAUAAACAACAACACCCCUGAUCCGCAACAAUAUUUACCUCCCUGGAAGCAGCGAUUAAAAUUCAACACUGAUUAAAACUACCACACAAUCAGUAAGCUCAUUUUAAAAAGCGAUUAGAUGCGUAAAAGACAACAAAUUCAAAAACAAGCAACUAAUAUAACUAACACAAGAACAAUGAGACAAAAGAGUAAAGACCUUCAACAAAAGUAAGUAUUUAGAAAGACACAAAUCAAUCCCACCGCUGUGUCAGGGCUGUGAAAUUUGGAGGGAAAUAUCAAGAAACAGCAAGAAAUCAACAAAAGCCCACACUCGAACGGAUUGAUAUGAAGAACGGCUAAUCCAAUCCGCAAAAAAAUAGACGGAUUUUAAAGGAGUGUAAUCAAUGAAUAAAACCUCCUAUUCUGAAGGCUAUCCGUUGCGUAAUUUGGAUAAAAAGGGUGACUGAUCGACGAUGAUCUUACUGGUCCCACAGAAAAGAUGGCGGUCCCGCCAAACAGCCCUCGGCACAAAGCGGUAAAAUUACACAAUUACGCACACAAAACGCUCUAGAGGUUUACACAAACAGAUAAAGGCAACAAUAAAGCACACACACUUACGAUCAAAUUAGCGAAAAAUAGCGAUAUUAGCCUAGCGUUUUGUCUUUCUUCACCUCUGUUGUUCUCUCCUCGAUGGCGUCCCACGCUAAUCUGCAGAAGCGACGCGAAGCACUCACCCGUUGCUAUGUGACGUCACACUGGCACGCAGAAUGGGUCAAUAAACGUAAUUGGAAAACAAUCGAGUCGCCCCCUCCCUCCUGGCUUUGACGCAGACGGACGGCUAUUCCCUGCACCAAAAACAAAGGGCAUGUCAUUAACGUCUACUCUGUGAUGGUGUGCGUUUACUAAUACCGUUAAACCGAAUGAACCGAAUGAACAUGUUAUAUUCAAAUGUUCCAUUGAUCCAACCAGUUAUUAUAAUUUCUAAAUGGUAAUUUUUUUACUGCAGUCGUACCGUUGUCAAGAAUGGAAUUUACCACCAUCCGUCCAAGAAAACGAAGACACGUCUUAAACGACACUUCAGUUAGCAUCACAAUACAAGACGUGAGAAAAGAAAUCACAAAGCAGUUUGAACAACUUAUGCCCCUCAAGUACUGUAAGGCAAGUGAAAAGGUCUGUCCUGCAGGCCUCCCCGGACUCCCUGGUACCACUGGUGCAAAGGGACCACGUGGCAGGAGGGGACCGAAGGGAAAGAAGGGCUCUCGAGGCCCCAUGGGACCACCUGGAAAAUCCGGGAAAACAGGAAUCACGGGUCCUACUGGACCGAGAGGAGAAAAGGGAGACAAGGGAGGACCUGGGCCGAAAGGCAUGCCGGGACCACCUGGAAGGCCUGGAAAAUCAAUAUCUGCACCACAAGUAAUGUUGUCACCGGCAGAACAGACAAGGGAUGAAGGACGAAACACGACCUUUUAUUGCACGGUAGGAGGAAAUCCUAGCCCUGCCGUCGAAUGGCGAUUUAGAAGCAGAAACCUUGUAGCAGGAGCAAAGUAUUUGAUUAAAGAGGGAGAGUUGAUUGUUAUGAAUCUGAACUACAGCGAUGCUGGGCAGUACAUAUGCCAUGCCAGGAACAUUCUUGGAUCAUUUGAGGCCACUGGUAACUUGUCUGUUAGAGGUAACAGGAAAAUUGAAACUUCCGAUGAUCACUGAUGCCUGUGAACUAAAAGGCGAGAUCGAAUCAUACUUAUGGCUGAGAUUUUACUGGUCACCUUAUUUCUUGUUACUUUCAUUAUUUUUAUAUUUUCUUCUUGUGUUUUGCUUUUGUUUGUUUGUUUGGCUCUUUUUUACCAUUUUUGUCUCACUGUCAACUUAUACAAUACGGCUGAAAUUAAUCUUUAUAAAUAUUUACAAAUAUGAUGACUUAAAACUAAGCAUCAUCUUGUAGAAUUGUGCUUUGCUCUGUUGUCCAAAAGCUUACAACGUUUGUUUCUAUAAUUUGUUUUAAACAACUUGUUUAUCUUCUAUCAGGUCUUCCAAUCUUCUCAAAAGUUCCGCCAUCACUCGCUACGCCAAUAGAGCGCACUACCUUUCAAGUAGUUUGUCAAGCUGAAGGUUUUCCUCGUCCCGUUAUAAACUGGAGUAGAGUUGGAAUGCCUUUGCCAGCUGGAAGGGCUGAAGUAAACCAAGGGACACUAAUCAUUAAGAAACUGAUUCCUGCGGACAGUGGUUCGUACGAGUGCAUUGCAACGAACACAAUGGGAACAAAGAGGGCAAGAACCAAUGUUGCAGUACAACGAAAACCA